AUGGUGCUCUCGCUAUCUGUGUCUAGCUUCUCCCGAUCCCGAUCAGCAACUACCUCCCCGCAUCGACAGAGAAAUGGCAGCAACAACACCACCAGCUACUCUACAACCCUGAGCGAAGCUCUACGUAAUAACCCGUUCGCCGGCGGCGGGAGUUCACAAUCACAAUCGCAACCUCAAUCUCAGUCUCAAUCUCGCUCGCGAACACCCCUCCCCACACUCCUCGAAGAGCAGAAACAAGAGCAGGAGGAACUCAAUAACUCCCUGGAAGCCCUCGUUCGAAUAUUUCCCGAUGUCAAAAUUGAAGUCUUCCGCGAACUGCUGGUCCGGUUUGACGGGAAGAGUCGACUGCAUGUCUGCGUUGAUCAGCUCAUUCGGCACAAGGAUAAAUGGGUAGCAGGGCGAUGGAACGUUCCGUCAACUGGGCCCACAGGGGGAGAGGGUGCCGCGGCGGUGCAGGGCGUGAUUCCCCAUGAAGCUGAGUCUUUGGUUCCCCGCGACGAGCAGUUCCGGACGGAGGAGUACAAGGCCGCUGUGAAAGGGAUCCUGGCGAAGGAGUUCACUGGGUUGAGUCGGAGUACCGUGGAUGCUGUGCUUGCGGAAGUUAAUUUCUGUUAUCCCCGGGCGAGACCGGUUUUGCAGGAUCUGUCGAAGAAGACGUGGCGGGCUACGUUCAAUAGUAUUCUUCCGUCGUUUAGACGCAAGAAGGAUAAGGAUGAUAGUCAUCCGCUGAUGCUGUGGCAGCGUCUGCCGGAUGGGGAGUCUGUGCCCCGGUUAAGGGAGACUGGGUGUGAGGCUUUGGAUAAUGAACUGCAUGAGGCGCUGCUGGCGCCAAUACUUCGAGCACGACGGGAGGAGCGGGAACGGGUCGAUUUGGAAUUGGCUGAGGAUUUGAAUGAGAAGGAGGCCGAGGCGGCUAGUGCGUUGUAUGAGUGCGAGUGCUGUUUUACGGACGUUACGUUUGAGCAGAUCUCGACUUGCUCUGAUAGCAUGCAUUUCAUUUGCUUCAACUGUAUCCGACAUACUGUUCACCAAGCACUCUUCGGGCAGGGCUGGGCCACGUCCGUUGACGUUGAGAGGUCGACAUUAAAGUGUCUAGCACCAUCUACGAAUGAGCCGUGUACCGGGAUUCUCAGCGCCGAUCUCGUCAAACGUGCGAUCCUUCUCGAGAAAGCGGGUGCUGAGACUUACGCCAAAUUUGAAUCUCGACUUGCGUCCGACGCGCUUCUCCGCUCUCAGUUCAAGCUGAUACGGUGCCCGUUUUGUUCCUACGCAGAGGUUGACCCUGUCUACCAUCCACCCACAACCGGUGUUAACUGGCGGUUCCGCCAGAACGGACUUAUUUCUACCUUUGUCAUGACGAUUCUCUUCUUGGAUACGAUACUUUUUCUACUUCUGAUUGCCGCGGCUCUCUAUUUACUGAAACCUACAGCUAUUCCUACCAUUUUUAAUAACGCGCUAUUCAAUCUUCGCCUUAAACUCCGGAUGAAGAAAUUCACUUGCGCCAAUAUGAACUGCCGGCGGACCAGCUGCAUUACAUGCCAGAAACCAUGGCGCGAUCCGCACGUCUGCCAUGAACCUUUACUCCUUGAUCUCCGGGCCACCGUCGAGGCAGCUCGCACCGCCGCAGUGAAACGCACAUGUCCACGAUGCGGCCUCUCGUUCGUCAAAUCCUCGGGUUGCAACAAACUCACCUGCACUUGCGGAUACUCCAUGUGCUAUCUCUGCCGUAAGGCUUUGGGGCCACCACUAACCCCCCCGGGAAAUAGACGGCGGCUCCGAUACCAGGAAAACCUCAACCCAUUCGGCAAUGGGCCCGCACUGGAACAAGACGACGACGACGACGACGAAGAAGAAGAGCAUGAAGGCUACAGGCAUUUCUGCGAACAUUUCCGCGUCAAUCCUGGCGCGCGCUGCACAGCAUGCAACAAAUGCGAGCUCUACCAAGAUGAAGACGAAGAAGCCGUUGCGCGGCGCGCAGGCGAGAAGGCCGAGUGCGAGUGGCGCAUUAGACACCAGAUGGCUGGUGGUACUGACGGGGGUGCUGGUGCUGGUGCACGUAUCCCUGCUGUCAAUGUCAACCGCGACCUUUCCAUGCGAACGGGAAGAGUCGACAGGAGAUAUUCGACGAUGAUCAUGGGCCCUCGCGGGAAGAGUUUCUGGUAUUGGGUUGAUGAGAUGUGGCGAACUGGUCGGUGGAAGACUGAGGGGCAGGCGCUUGUAGACUGGAUUGUAGAGAGGGUUAUUUUUAUUCAGGAGCUCUGA